CUCCGGGUAACCUGGAACCUUGAAAAAGGGCAAAGCCCAGCCUCCUCUCCAGUGUCAGCUGCUGUAAAACUCCCCAGAUGCCAGCAUGAGGCUCCAUUACCUCCUUCGUGUUCCUGUUGCCUGUGUCAGCUUUUCAGCAAAACCCUUGGGAGGCGUGUCUGCAGACCCCACUUCCUCUCCGACCCUCUCAGGGGGUUUCAGAACACUCCACCACUCCACCAAGAUGACUCCAGUCAACAGGGGAUCAUAAUACAUCCUUUAUGACCUCACUCAGCCCUUCCUCUGCCCACUGUUGAUCUGACCCCGAAUUAUGUGGCAACGGACAGGUGCUCGCAGGUGUCCCUGCCUGAAUGGGCAGGCAGCAGACAGCCUGAGGAGGGUGAAGAAGCCAAUUGCAAGAUCACCUGCCCCCACUGACACUGCCAGUUCCACCUGGAAUCCUGAAAAUUCCUUUCCCAUCAUGAGGCUACUAUACCUUCUUUUUCUCUUACUUGUAUGUCUUAUCCAGACAACAUCAGGGAACGAAAAAAAGAUGAAAAACUCUGAAUGUGGAAAAAUGGGUGGUGUCUGCAAACAUCAGACAACCCACGGGUGCAUCAUCCUGCCUGCAGGAUGCAAAAGUCGGAAGAAACACUGCUGCAGGGCCUAGUUUCAGCACCCAAGCAUCCCCAGAGCAGCACGGGACACUCACCGCCACUGAUUUCUGCUUAAUAAAAGCAUCACCACUCA